AUGGAAGAUAUUGCUAAUUUUAGUGUAGAUGCCCGGGGGCACGUCUCUUACGAGGCAAGGGACAGAGUAUUCAGACAGCUGCUUGCACAGCCUGAGAAUGCUGUGUGUAUCGACUGCGACGCCAGAAAUCCAACAUGGGUAUCGAUCACAUAUGCCGUACACCUGUGUUUAAAUUGCUCUGGAAGACAUAGGCAAUUUGGUUCACACAUAUCAUUCGUUAGGUCAGCCGAUAUGGACAAAUUCACCAGAGAACAACUCCUGCGAAUGACACGUGGAGGAAACGCACGAGCAAAAGCGUUCUUCAGGCAAUGUGGGCAGAAUAAAAACCCAUACAACUACUCAUCGCCCAUGGCUCUCAAGUACCCCGCCAUGUUGGAUGCCGAACUGGGAGUCACACAGGCCAAAGUAAACUCACAAACACAAAAGCCGGUGCACGAGGAUCUACUGGACCUAGCCGAUGAGGGUGAAGAAAACAAGGCAAAUGAGCAAGCGCUACAGCAACAAGCUCCGUCAUCUAUUGUCGAAAACACUACUACAAGACCCAAUGCUGUAAAGUCAAUGACGCUUGCACCAGGAAUGACUAAAGGCGCACGUGGCUUCUCGACACGCUCUAGUGGUUAUGGGAAUACAUCCACAGGGUUCAGCGGACGAGUGAAUGUGGACUUUGAUGCAUUCGAAAAGUCAAUCAUGAGUGAAGCUGCACAGAGGGAAGACACAAUCGCAAAACAAAAGUCGAAAACGGAAGUCGAGACACACCGACAGGCUCCUCCAAUGACAUUGCAGUCGUUCAAUAGCUCUGCAGGGAUGCCAACCGUAAAAAACUCGGCACCCUCAUAUGCCCCUCCUGACAUGAGCCGAUUCGCUGGGCAAACUGGCAUAUCGUCGGAUCAAGUAUUUGGCCGAGGAGCAUACAGCAACACCGCACAUGUAAACGUCAACUUGAACCCAAACAAAACUAGCCUGUCUUCCGAUGAGUAUUUCGGCAGACCCACCAGGACACGCUCGACACCUGACACUUUCGAGGAACGAGCCGUACAAAACAUCAAGGACGGGAUAGCCACGGCAAUAAAGGAAGGUAACAAACUAAUGGGAAUGGCCAAACAGUGGCUUAACAAACACCAGUUGUAA